CGCACGCGCGGAUUGGCUGCUCGUCUGCUCUGCGCUUUCAUUCGACUGUUCAGUCUUGUUGUCGUCAGAGGCCAUUCCUAAUUGUUUUGUGUUUUUGAUUCUGCAUAUUAUCUCAAAGGAAUGCCAUAUUUUCUUAAUAGAGAUAAAACAGCAACAACCAUCGUCUGUCAAAUAGAGCUAGAAUAGUUGUAUCCUGUUACAAGAGAAUAACCACAGUUACUAUACUGAAGUUUUCUGAAGUUACAGCUCGCUAGCUAACGUUAUCGUUCGGGCUGGGUGUGGACUGCCAAUGGCGUGUGUAGAGACAUCAGAUGACAGAGUAGGAGAGGUCCUGCUGAAAAGAGUGAUGCAGGAGCAGCUGGAUGAGGUGUUGUCAUCAGAGGUCCCGGUAGUGGUCUCCGCAGAAACCCAGGAAUUGGAGAGUGAGCAGGAGCAGAAGAUGGUGUUACAGCUAGCUGUGAUGAUACGUACCAUCGGAGACGCCUUCAAGGAGAACAGGGAGCUGGACGACAACAGUGUGAUAGAUGGAAUGGUGGGGCAAAUGACCAGCAAGACCAGCUACUGGAAUUUGGUAGAAAAGGUAUUUGAGGACGGUCAAGUCACCUGGGAGAGAAUUGCUGUGCUGUUCUACGUAGCAGGGAGGAUAGCUGUCAAGGUGGUGAUUGCUCACCUCCCCGAGUUAGUGAAGGACAUUCUGAAGUGGACUCUGGAGUACUUCAGAAGCAAAUUACUGGACUGGAUCCAGAAACAUGGAGGAUGGAUGAACAGUUUCGCUGCGCUGGCACGUGUACAGGUGGAGAGGAUAUCCUCUAUGAGCGCCCGGUCCUCAGGGCUCAUCCUGGUCUUCCUCGGAGGUGUCAUAAUGGGUAGUGUUAUCACCUGGAAACUGGCCAGGAGGACCUGACACACACACAUACACAGUCCCACUCCGGUUCAAACGCAAUUGUUUGACAUGACAUGCAAACGUGUGGGCGUGCACACACACACACGCACACACAAAUACAUUUGUUUACCUACCUUCUGGUUUGCUCCGGAUAAAUAAGAUGACCAGAUGCUGCUGGAAGUGGUGUUGGAGAGCCAGUAGGAAGCACUCUUUCCUCUGCUCUAAAACAAAAAUGUCCCAGUGCAAAGAUUGGGGACAUUGCCCUCUGUCGGGUGCCGUCUUUUGGAUGGGAUGUUAAAACGGGUGUCCUGACUCUCUGUGGUUAAUAAAGAUCACAUGGCACUUAUCGUAAGAGUAGGGGUGUUAACCCCGGUGUCCUGGCUAAAUUAAUCUGGCCCUCAUACCAUCAUGGCCACCUAAUCAUACCCAGCUUCUAGUUGGCUCAUUAAUCCCUCUUCCCUGUAACUAUUCCCCAGAUCGUUGCUGUAAAUGAGAAUGUGUUCUCAGUCAAUUUACCUCAACUUAAAUAAAAUUAAACUCUUUUUUUUUAUCAGUUCCUUCAGAAAGUAUUCACACCCCUCAACUUUUUCCACAUUCUGUUGUUACAAAUUGGCAUUAAAAUGGAUUUAAUACUUUUUUUUCCCAACACAAAAUACUGUAUUACAUCUCUGCACUUAGAAAAAGAGAGCCAUCUGCACUGCUAUUUUAGUUUUCAGUUAAUCUGAUUGAUUAUUCUUGAUUAUUGAUCUUCUUAAACACUACUGUUGCUCACAGAGUGAGUCCACGCAAUUUAUUUUGACUUGUUAAGCACAUUUUUACUCCUGAGCUUAUUUAGGCUUGCCAUAACAAAAGGGUUGAAUACUUAUUGAUUCAAGACAUUUUUAAUUAAUUUGUAAAAACAAAAUAUCUCAAAACAUAAUUCUCCUUUGACACAAAAUCUCAAUGUAAUCAUUUAAAAUUCAGGCUGUAACAUAAAGGGAUGUGAAUACAUUCUGAGGGCACUGUAUAUAUUAACCUACAGUCAUGAAACCAAAGUUUUGGGGCAGAGCUCAGUACAUUUUGUGUCACUACCCUUACGGAAAAAAACAUGAAUUUCCAUUUUUUUAUGUGAUCUUAUGGGAAGUUAAUAUGACAACAUGUAAAAGCAACAUGUGAUAAUAUGAAAUUGCACAUUUCAACAUGUGAUACCAUGAAACGACACCUCACAACAUUUGAAAGUUUUUCACAUGUGAAAGUCAAAAUUUGAUUUUCACAUGUGAAACUGCAAUUCACAUGUGUGGUGAAAACAUGUUAUUCUCACAUGUGAAAGGUGGUGUUAACAUGUGAACUCUGUAUUGAAUACAUGUGAACAAAUGGUUUCACAUGUGAACAACUGUCCUCGCAUGUGUCUCUUUUGUUUUCAAAGGUGAAAAUUUCAGCUCAACAUGUGAACAGUUAUUUCACGUGUAUAUACGAUUUCAAAUGUGAAAAUAUGAUUUUCACAUGGGAAACUGCAAAUAAAAUAAAACUGUAUGUCAUCACAUGAAGUGUUCCAAAACCACAUGGUUUCAAAUGUUACAUGUGGAAAUUUCACAUGUGAAAUCAUGUGGUUUUUCCCGUAAGGGUAUAUCAUCAUGUUUGUUGGUAUCCUGUUAGACUAGGGUAUCUGUGCCUGAAAUAAGAAACCAGUGUAAGCCUAACAGACAGCCAAUCAUGUUAUGUGAUUGUUUUUUUUACAGAAAGGUCAUAUUAUUUUUCAAUACAAUAUUUUACAGAAAUAACACAUGAAUACUGAUUUGAUAUUUUUGAAGUUUAUAAAAAUGUAUGAAACAUGUAUUUUGAAUAAAAAACAUUUGGGAUGUUUGACUUGAAUGUAAUGUAUUAAAUGUGCCAUUUUAUUAGGAUAAACAAAAUAAGAGUUGACUGUGUUUGUGCUGUAAUAAUCAUGUUUUAACUAUGACCCCUAAAUGUCCUCAACAUGAGCGUCAGUCAGUAAGCUCCAUAAUAUCAGUUGUGAUAGGAAUUGUUAGCUAGAUGUACAAAGAAUGCACAGGACACAAAUAGAACAUUUUGGCAUAAGCUUUUAAUAUUUUUAUCGAGUUUUCGAUGUUUUCUCUUUGAAUUGGAUUUGCUUGUUUUUCCAGUUAAUUUUUGUUUUUUGUUGUUUUAUUAUUCUUGUUUUAUUUUUCCUAUCUGCAAUGGAGAAGAGUUUUUCAGUUUAAUUAGCAUUCACUUUCAAACUUUCAUACUUUUAAUAAUAGAACUGUGUUUAAGUCUCUUUUUUCACAAACUGGUUUGUUAAAUUAUUACUGUUUAUUAAUCUUUUUUUCUUUACACGUUUCAAAAAUAUAAAAGGUAAAUUAUAAACAUUCCAUUGAAAUAUAUUUUAUACAGUUCUUGAUUCUUUUGUUUCUGUGUUAUGACAUUAAAAUUGUAUCCAGUAUCAGUCUUUAUAGCAUAAAUCCCAUUCAGUGUUAUUGUAGUAGCCUUCUCUUCUUCCAUCUCUGUCUUCCCUCUCUUUCUCCCCUGAUAGGAAAGUGGCAUGGCUGCACCCAGUGCCUUAUUCCCUUAGCGGUGAUGUAGUCACAACAGUUGGCAGGACCAAUAGAAACAUUAGCUGCAUUGGCGCUAGUAGUGCAAUGUUCUUUCAAAUGUAAAAAUCAUAACACAAAUCAGCAACAAAACCACAAAUCAGACAAAAGAGUAAACAAGUCAACAAAUGAUAAGAAAAUAAAUAAAAGCACCACAUAAGAAAAAAUAACAGAUAAAAAUGUAAGUAAAGCAAUGAUAUUGACAUAUCUGUAUCUGGAGUGGUAGAUUAGUACAUAAAUAAUCUACUGUUAUAGACAGAAGAAGUGACAGGCAAAAUUAUAUGUAGAGAUGUACAGAUGCAAAAGACAGAUGGACAUGUAAAAAUGUAACAGAAUGGACAGAUUGGCGCUAUGCUACUAGCACUGCUGAGAUAUCCCGGACUGUUGUGUGUGUAUCAGGAAAGAUAUCGGACUCAUGAAACUGAGCCUAUUUCACCUCCCAAGUGCAAUACACAGAAAGAUAGCCAGUGUAUUUCUACCAAUUCAGUCAAGCCACACUGCAAUAAAACAAAAAUAUAACAAAAAAAUGUACAUAAUUAAAAGUGAUAUAGAUUUCUUUUUUUUAAGAGUAUGUUUCAGUUUGCAUACAUACACCCCCCCCCCCCCCCCCCAUCCUCUCACCACUGGCUGACAGAGAAAGAGGAAGACAGAGAUUGCCGGCGAAAAGAGAGUUACUUCAUUCUGGCCAUUCACAAAUAAGUCAUCUUUUUUUUCUCCCACGCAUGCAUUAGAAUUGAACUUCAAACAAUAUGUUAGAAAAACACAAGAACAAGGAUGCAAAAAGAGCUUCUUCCUCAAACAUGUGUGGAGGGAGAGAAAGAGAAGGGGAUAGGAGACGGGGAUGAGAGGGAGGAAGACGUCGGGGAAAGAGAAUAUAUGACAGCGGGUUUUCUGGCUUUACUCUGCUCCUCUCUUGAUAUGUUUUGUAUUUGGGUUUCAAGUAAAGUUAUGCAAGUGUUGAGCUGUCAAUCCUCUAAAGUGGGUGUGGCCAAGUUCAGGAGCUGGAUCACACACACCCCCACCUGCACAUGUCUUCAGGUAGCCCACACACACAAACACACACACACACAUUCCUAUUAACACACAGUCAGACUCACAACUGUGGUAGUACAGCCAUUCACAUAAGGUGGCGGUUAUUCACAGUAUAUUCACCACCUGUUUUGUGAAAACCCAUCCCAAAACUCAGAGACUAGAUGUGUGUAUUCAUGCUAUAAAAUCAAGAUGGAAACAUUAAGAGGUUUUUUUGUGAGUUAUUUUUUUGUUGAGGUGGUAAGGUUACUUUGACAGUAAGUUUGUGUAAAUGGCAUUGGACUCCCCCACAAAAUUGAGGGUUUGGAAGAAAUUAUUGCUCUGACAAUAUCCCCCCCUCCCAACAUUUUAAAUGGAACGGUCUGUGUGGGUUGUGCUACCAGAAGGAUGAUGGGGGGGGGGGGGGGGGGGGUAUGAUCCAUUCACCUCUGUCUUUAGCUGUACCUAAGCCAGUUGUGCCCCUCCCCUCUUCUUCCCAUCCACCUUGCACCAGAUCCCUCUCCUUCUCUACCCCACAAACAAUAAUUUCCAUCUUCAGAAUGAAAUGUCUAGUAGUGAUGCAUCCUUCCAUAAUCUAUGAUUACAUGUCUCUAUCAUUUCAAGUCAUCCUUUUGGUAACAAACAUAGUGCCAUAAUACACUUUUUUUGGAAAGGAAGAGAGUGAAAGAAGGAGUAGGCAGGAGUUGAAAGAGGGAGAGAGGGAAUGAAUAUGAAAGGGAUGGGGGUCGAGGAGAAGGAAAGGGGGAGGAAUCAGACAUAAGGUGAUGAAUGACAGAGAUCCAGUGUAUCAAAUGAAAACUGCGAGUACAGGGACAUAUCCUGAGUGGCAAACUCCAGGGUAGACCCAGGGGAGACCCCUGACCCCCCUAUUCUAAUUACUUUAACCCCCACACACUUCAGUAAACAAUGCACCAUGCUAGAUAUAGUAGCUGCCCCUUUUUUUCCACCAUUACCCUGCCCCAUUCUUGCCCUCCCACAUAACAGACAGACCUAACACACUGAACUCCUUUGGCACAAUGAAACACUGAAGUAUAAUCAUAUGCUACAGUCAAACUCUUGCAUAGGUAGUUGCUCAGUUCUCAGUACAGUUAGCCCCCAGCAUCUCUGGAACAUCAUCAAAAUCUUCAUCAUUGCGUAAUAACAAAUAAACAAACAGAAACAAAGCAACAGUUUUGGCAAGUUCACACUCAUUUGAGACAAAAAUAUAAACUAGCAAUAUGCAAAUGAACGUGACCCAAAUUGUAUUUGACACGGUCAAUGAAUGUGACCCCAAACAUAAUUAACACGCCUCCUCCAUUGUAACAUUAAAUUACCACCCUUGAGAUGAACCCUGCUCUGCUGCCACUCGGCUAGACCAGUGUCACCAGAGACGAACCACGGCUCAGAUGAUGACACUCUUCACUGGGGAUAAACUACAUCCCCUGCAACACACUGGAGCCCAGUAGAGGUCGACAACGAGUAGGCUACAUCAGCAGCAUAUUAUCCAAACUCUGAUGUAGGCCUAGCUAGAGGGUUUGUGGUGACUGGCGAUAUAUGACCUAUACAUACAGGCCUAGAAACUGAACAUAGCAACAUUAGUUUUCACUUGAAAAUAAACAUGGAAAAACAGGGGGAAAUAAAACCCCACAAUCUGUUGUUUAGCAUGCGGUGGUGCCUGGUGUGAUGCAUCCAGCCAUACUGCAAAACAGGCAGUGGAGGUGGAAGGUCAACAUGAGCUUUUGUUCAUCAACAGAAACAACAACAAUUCAUCUAGAUAAGCUCAAUAUGAUGGCAUAGAUAGACCGUUCGGCAUUCCCUUCAUGCAUAUUUGAACAGCAAUUUUCCUGGAAAUAUGCUAUCCCCACCUGAGGAAUUGGAGCAAAGAUGGCUGCUUCACCAACGCAGGGGGCGCCAGUAUGUGUAAAACAAACACUGUUGACGUCACAAGGGCUGUAGAGUUAGCGAUCUUGGGGGGGGAUUAUGUUAAAUGCCACAAUGACACGUUAUGCACAUCCCUAUAAUCAUGGAAAUAGGCCUACAGUACAUUAUGUCAUAGCAGUACAAAGCUAUGCAUCGUACACGUACAAUAUCAGGGCUGAGCUAAUAUGACACUAUCUGGCCAGUCAGUGCAGUGCUACAUGUGCUAGCUAGCUACAGUGUUAUUGGGCUACACGAUCCAAUCGAUGUAAUUUAUUGUAUUAGGUCAUCGCGAAUCUCGUUCAUUAGAUCAGAUACUUUCUCCAAUUGCUCUGUAGGCAAUUAGCCUGGGGACGGUGUGAGGUCUGAUCUCCGCUAGGUAUCGCUACACUGCUUUAGCUAGCCGAGACCUUAUAGAGUCUACAACCGCGUCCCGGUGGUGAAGCUGCCAUCUCCCACCUUGAGCACGAGACUGAAAGAACAACAACAGAGUCCAUCAUGGUCCUAUUCAUUAGUGCACACCGUAGCAAACAGCUUUGCAGCGGAAAACGUGUUAGACAAGUUCAGGGAUAGUCCCUCCCGUUCCGGGCAGUUUGCUUCCGUUUGGAUCCUAGUGAAUAUGACCCAUCGGAUCUGAGUACAGUCAACUAAACAUAGUUAUACAGACAGACAGUGGAGAGGGGACCUGGAUGGACAGUGGGGUGGAAGACAGAGAAUUGGCAGCAGUGGACACAAUCAGGGCGGUAGGACCAGAGAGUGAGAGCAGUAGAAGAAGAAGUAGCAGAGCACAAGAAGAGUAGUCAUCAAAGUAGUAGUAGAGUAGUUGUAGUAUCAGGGGAAGUUCAUCGCAUAGUUCAUCUCUGGUAGAUUUGGUGGUGUUUGUAUCUUAUUUAUCUAAGAAAACAUUGUUCAAUGUGUAUCUUGCAAUCCUAUAUUUUUUUUUCGUUAUUCCUUUUUUAUUAUCCCAAAACAAAAUAUAGAUCUUUUUUUUAAUAUAAUCCUGCUCUUUUUCUUUUUUUUAUUAGUUGCAUAUAACAUAAAUAUUUUUUGUUUCCUCUCGAUUUUGUUCUUUUUUUCAAUUCCUAGCCCUCUUUUUUUACGGAGGGGGUGGGGUGAGGGCUUGCAGAAGUAGACUCAUGCAGAAUAGUCAUGCUGGUAAACAAAGGAAUAAAAAUGCAUUUUCACUUUUUUUCCCCGGAAUUGUUUAUCAAAGUUCACCCUGUUCCCGCUAUUUUCUCGCACUUCCUUGCAAAUCUUUCUGAUCCCCCCAGAGGUGCAGUGCUCUUUCUACAGAAAGGAGAGUGACCUUUACAGUAGCCACUCUCUCCGCGAGCAGUUGACCAUUUGUUAUCUUGACACUUGCAAAUAGUUACCAAUUGGAUAUUUUUGAAAAAGGUUGAUGUGACAAUGAUUGUUUGAUUGUUUGGUUUUAAAAAAGAAAGUCUCUCUGGUCUCUCUCUCCAUCCUUUUGUUCUCUACGUUUCGUUCUUCAGGUUUUUUUUCCGAUCAUGCCAUGCAGUUUGCUACGGAGGAGGAGCAAUGCUGAGAUGCAGAGGGGUGUAGAUAAAGAGAGGGAGAGAUUGAGAGCGAGAAGGUGAGGGCAAUGUAUGUCCUUGUUUUCCAGCAGUCGCUUCCCGUUCUUGGCAUGCGCGUUGCGGAUGCUUCCAGUGUCUCUCUCCUUUGGCGUCAACUCUUCAGCACACACACUCUCACACGCGCACACUGGUUUUCUUUAGGUCCAAAUCCUUCAAAGUGGUCGAUGAGUAGAUCUGUUAGGGUCAGCCGAAACACUCUCAUGCAACACGCGUCAGCAUCAGUCAGUCAGGGAGUGUAUCGUAUUUCAGAUCUACGCACAGGUUUAUAUGAAAUGGCCAAUGGCCUGGUAUACUAUAUGCCUGGUUGCUCUACUAUUGGGGCCCAUAAUUCAGUAUCUUCUGAAGUGUGUCUCUUGUGAGAGGUAAGAGGAGGGCUGUAAAAUCGAUGAAAACAGUCCAACAGGUGUGACUGACUGAACAUAAGAAGGUAGUGUCACCAUAGCGGGCUGACUCAAGAGUCACUGGAUGCAAUGGUUGUUCAGCCUCAUAGCUUUGCAUAGUGUUUGGCUGUAAAACAGUACAAUUACUGUGAUGUAAAUGUAUUUGGCCGUUGGCUAGCACCUGGCUCUCGUUUUCUGUAGUCACAUCCACGCUGACUAUGUUGAGUCAUCUCAGACCACUGCAGUAGCUUGUUUAUAUAGCCUACCCUACUGUACGUCCGAUCUUUGAAGUACUAAAUAGGAAGAUUUAAAAACAAUUGAAUAUACUGUAUCUGAGAGCCGGUAAGAU